GAAAAGGAGCGCAGACGUGACAAGAAACGGUAACUAAUUUUCUUUCUUACAUACUAAAGCAGAAGUGGUAUGAUCCCGGAAGCUAAAACAAGACCGUGAUGGUUAUCUCUAGUCAAUUGAAGAAGCAAAAAGAAGAGGAGCGGUUAGCAAAAGAAGCACAACGCAAGGCUGAAGAAGAAAAGGCACGUGCUGAACGGGAACGACGACUUGUAGUCGAGCGCCAGAAGCGAGAACAAGAACGCCUUCGACGAGAAGAGGAGAAACGACAAAAAGAACAAGAGCGGAUACAUCGUGAAGAAGAAAAGCGACGACGGUUAAAAGAAGAAAAAGAACGAGCUGCAGAAAAGGAGCGAAAACGAAAGGAGCGCGAACAGAAGGAACGUCAGGAACGGCAAGAGCGUGAGGAACGCGAACGUCGCGAGCGACGUUUCAAGGAAGAAAAGGAACGACGUGAGCGCGAGCUCAAAGAGGAAAUGGAACGACGCGACCGAGAAAUGCAAGAGCGCAAAGAGCAAUGGGAGAAGCAGGAGCAAGAGCAAAAGAAACGCGAAGGCGAAAAGCGAAACAAUGCAGCCACCCCUACUGCAUCUGCUGCUGCUGCUGCGUCUGCUUCUGGUCGAUCUGCACCUUCAUCAUCGGUUACGGCUGCAGCAAUUCAAGUCAAACGUAGCCCCGAAAAGUCCACAUCCCCAAUGACAGUACCGCCACCACCACAUCAUCACCACCUUCAUCACAGCAAUAACAACAACAUGAGCAGUAGCAGUAGUAGCAACAACAACAACAACAGUAGUAGUAGCAGAUUAUCCCAGCCCGUUGUUGGCGAAAGCAGCAGGCAACAGUCGCUGAUCGAUGCGCUGAUCGGGCCAGCACCGCAUCUGCGAGCCGAGUCCUCGUCCUCGUCACCGCUUGGUCUUGAUCUUUUGCCUCCUCCGCCACCGCCUUCGCAUCCUCUUAUGCCGUCCCUCGAUUUCAUGCCAUCUCUAGAUUCUGUCCCAACAAGCCCAGCAAGCAAGCUGAGCAUGGGUAUCUCGCCGUUGGGAACCCAAGUUGAAGUAUGUGGAACCCCCAAAGCUGCACCCCGAACGAUUGCACCCAUCGGACCGCCGUCCAACGGACGACGCGCAUCCUCUGCUGUUGCAGGCCCUAUCGGUAGCCCUGUAGGCUUAACAACUAGUCGGAUGAAAAGCGGAUCGGAUGCUAGUGCUGAUCGGUCUUCUGUUGCGGCAGUGGCGGCGGCAUCUACGUCAACAGCUACAGGAAGAGAAUCCACACAUUCGUUCUUUUCGAAUUUCCUUUUUGGUGAACCUAGUCGAGGUAAUUGUCUUCAAAUCGUCACUAGCUGCUCUUUCCCCCAUAUCUGUUAUCUUAUUCCUGAGACAUAUAUAGCCAAAAAUCCCUGUGUCGUUCCUCCUUUGCAACCUGAACAGGAUAACAAGUCAGUAAAGGGACGAUCAGAUACCCAUCUGGAUCGGCGUUUCUCGAGUGAUACCCCAGAAAUGGGCUGGACCAACGGUAAUAUGUGAUAGAAGAUUAGGGGUAGAAAAUGGAUUACUAAUAGUAUGUACAUUUCGCUGGAACGGCGUUUAGGCUGGACAGCUUCUUCUCUCCUUUCGGAUGAUUUCCAUGGCAGACUCUUCGGAGAUGUUCUGGUAAAGUUGCG